CCCUAGAAAAUCGGGCAGGGUGGAGUAGCCUGGGAGGGGGGGAGAAUGGGACGUUCGUGGGGGGUGGCUUCCGAAUUGAAGGAGGGGAGAUAAGAUUCAGUAUAUGGAGGGAUUGCCUUGGCCUUCUUUGGGGACAGCUUGAUCUGAGGAAGUGCUCUUAACAUGCCUCCUGGGAAGGUGGGCCACAAGGUAGCCUUGGUCCUGCAGUGUGAGUGGGAAAUUUGCAGCUUUGUGGCCUCAAAGAUGGAGGAGUUCUGUGAACAUGUGUCAAAGCACUUGCAGCAGCAUCUCCGUGACAAAGAUGAGGAUGAUGAAGUGGAUUCUCUCGAAGAAUACUCCUGCCUCUGGCAGGAGUGUGGAUUCUGUUCUCCCGAGAGCCCUACAGAGCUGGUCCGCCAUGUUUACUUCCAUUGUUACCACACCAAGCUAAAGCAGUGGGGACUACACGCUUUACAGAGCCAGUCGGACCUAACCCCCUGUCAGUUGGACUUCCAGAGUCGCAACAUUAUUCCCGAGAUCCAAGAGAACUUCCUCUGCCUCUGGGAGUACUGUGAGAGAGGGUUUGAUAACCCCGAGUGGUUCUACAGGCAUGUGGAAGAUCACAGUUUCUGCACAGAGUACAAGGCAAUUGGGAAGGACAACCACAUGUUCUUCUGUGGCUGGAAAGAUUGUGACUGCGCCUUCAAAGGCCGGUGUAAGUUGCGCGAACACCUGCGCAGCCACACGCAGGAGAAGGUGGUGGCAUGUCCCACCUGCGGCGGGAUGUUCUCCAACAACACCAAGUUCUUUGACCACAUCCGCCGGCAGACAGCUUUAGAACAGCAGCGAUUCCAGUGCUCCCACUGCUCGAAGAGGUUCGCCACAGAGAGGUUGUUGCGUGAUCAUAUGAGGAAUCAUGUCAACCACUACAAGUGCCCUCUGUGUGACAUGACCUGCCCUCUGCCCUCCUCCCUGCGCAACCACAUCCGCUUCCGGCACAGCGAGGAGCGACCCUUCAAGUGCAAUUAUUGUGACCACAGCUGUAAGAAUCUCAUUGAUCUACGGAAGCACUUGGAUACACACAGCAAAGAGCCGGCCUACCACUGCGAGUUUGAGUCCUGCAACUUCAGCGCCCGGUCCCUCUGCUCCAUCAAGCUGCACUACAAGAAGGUUCAUGAGGGUGACUCGGAGCCCCGCUACAAGUGCCACGUCUGUGACAAGUGCUUCACUCGUGGGAACAACCUUACUGUGCACCUCAGGAAAAAACACCAAUUCAAGUGGCCUUCGGGUCAUCCUCGCUUCAGGUACAAGGAACACGAGGACGGCUACAUGAGGCUGCAGCUGGUGCGUUAUGAAAGCGUGGAACUGACAGAGCAGCUGCUGAAGGACCGGGAGAAGCAGGGUGAGGUCCUGGACGACACAGCCCAGUGUGUGGUGCUGGCGGGGGCCGAGGGCAGCCUGCAGGGCAUCAUACUGGAACCGUCAAUGGAGGAAGAUGCUGAUGUGGACUUGCAAGCUGCCACACCCCCCCAGGGGCCUGCUCAGCCAGAGGCUGAUGCGUUGCCAGACCAAGAACCAAGUGCGCCAUCCAGCCCCAUCAUCCGCGUUGUGAACAGGACCAACGAGCAUGGGGAGAGCGAGACUGUAUACUACGUCAUGGCCAAUGCACCCUCUCAGAGCCGGGCUGCUGCGCCUAGUGGGUUUGCCACGGACCUGGAGGAGAACGUCAUGGACAGGCUUCAGAAAACAGCUGAGGAACUGGGCAUCCAGAUUGUGUGAUGAAUUAUCAGGUCCUUUCCACCAAUCCAUUAGGUGGCCUGGAGUCAUGAAUGCCAUGCUUUGGCUCCCUGUGCUCCUCUGUGGCACAUCGUGAGAACCAGAUGAUGCUACCUGGAGAAGGGAGAAGGGGACUGUUUGUUUCUCCCCACCCUUCAAGCAGUACUCCUUAGGCUCCAGACCCAACAGAUUCUUCCUCUUUUCUCCUGCCAUGGGGAUCUGGUGGGUGGUCUGGAAAAAGGAAGAAGGAAGCCACCUUCUGAGAUGGUCAGGACAGAGGGCAGGGGCUGGUUCACCUGUCAGUUACUUAGGAAGGCGAGGACGGCUGCUGCCUCUGGUGUACCCUGUGCUGUGGAGACCAUCCUGAGAAUACAAAAUAUCAGGGGUGAGUCAAAGCAGUGGGUUUUCCAAGACACCAACUCAUGCUCCUUGCCUUGAUGGUUACCAGUGCCCCUGCCAGAAGUGUUUACUUUUCUUUUGGCUGCAUCCUUGCCAGCCUCGUUCCUUACUGUGAGCCCCACAUUCGGACACUGUAGUUGUUUCGUACGCCUCUUGCCUCUCAACUGUUGGUACCCCUGCCUUUUGAGAUGCUUUCUGCUAUCCCGUUUGCCCAGCAUAGACAGUAAUACCUGAUGCAGUCUCCGCCCGUUCCAGACUGUUCUGCAUUUGAGUGUUCCAAGAGAGUUACAGCACUGUUAUCUCAUAAACUCUUGUGUUUGCUCUGGA